AUGGACGAAGAAUUCGAUCCUCUGGACCUUUUGUUGUUAGCGGCUACUGAGGAACUACAAGACUCAACUAACAACCAAAUUAAACCAAAAUCUUUAAAGGAAACUAAUUUAUUUGAACAAGAAUCCAAUAUUAAACCAUUUGCCACAACAACAAACAACAAUUUAGUUCAUACAGGAGAUACCGAUUCAUCAGAUGAUGAAGAUAGACGAAAUUGGGAAGAAAAGAAGUACACUGAAAGUGGUAGAGAAAUUAAAAAAAUAUUAGAUGUUCCCACAAAAAUAGGCAGUAACAAAAGCCGAGUAUCUAGAGUAUCCAAUUGGAAGAAAAGCUCAGUACCUGCUGUAAAAGAAAAUAAUAAAAAGAGUGUAAAUCCUCUGAAUAAUCCGAAUCCCUCAGUAUUCUCACAAGCUGAUGUAAUAUUUGGAAUUCGUGUUAUUAACCCACUAGUAUCCUCUGCAGUCAUUGCAGAGCGAAUGAUAGGUCGUGAAGCUAUACCUUUUAACAAGCUGGGUAGAUUUUUACAGAUAAAAACUGAAGAAAAAGACUGGGUAAUAGCAGGGGUUGUGGUACAUAAAAGUGCUGCUAAAACUUCACAAAAAGGUAACCAAUUUAGUGUAUGGACUUUAACUGAUUUAAGAGAUGAUAUUAAAACAGUAGCAGUAUUUCUAUUUGGAGGGGCUCAUGGCCAGUUAUGGAAAACAAGUGUUGGUACUGUUGUAGGACUGCUUAAUCCUAAUGUUUUGGAGAAGAAAGAAGGUAGAGAUGAGGCGAGUCUCAGCAUAGAUAAUGCCCAGAAAGUAAUGGUCCUGGGCCAAUCCAAAGAUUUUGGUAUUUGUAAAAGUGUCAAGAAAAAUGGAGAUAAAUGCACAGCAAUAGUUAAUUUAGCCAUGUGUCAGUAUUGUGUUUAUCACAUUAAACAAGAAUACCAGAAAUGCAGUAUAAGAUCUGAUUUACAAUCAUCAUUUACUGGAAAAGGUCUUACAGCACUCAGAAAUAAGGUGCUGGGUAAAAACGAAGUGUUCUAUGCAGGAAAGUCAUAUAUGGCAAUUCCAGCCAAAAAAAGUAGAAAAUUGGAACAAAAAGAUAAUGCUAGAUUAGAUAGUUUAAGUGGAAAAGGUAUUCCCCAACUAAGUGUUAAAGCAGCACCUUCUGUAAAGAAAAAGUUAAGUGCUGCUAGGCUGUGCAGAUGCGCCCAAUCUUCCAUUGUCAACAUGAUAUAA